GUGUGGGGUCAUCUGAGGCCAGCUGAUCGUUUCAGGUCACUCUCCAUAACUUUACCUGAAAGUGAGACAUCAUGGCGGGACGGCAGCUUCUCCUCCGACUCUCUGCAACAACAAGAGCAACUAUUAGAGCAACUCGGGCAACUUCCCAGCUCAGGAGCAAUCUGGCUGCUCGACCUGUGCAGCGUUUCAUGUCAGGAGGAAUACCGACUGAUGACGAGCAGGCGACCGGGCUGGAGCGUCGUGCUCUGCAGGGGUUCAAACAGGGGAAGGACCCGUACAGCAUCCUGAAGCCAAAGAUGUACGCAGGAACCAAAGAAGACCCUCACAUCGUGCCGUGUAUUGGAACGAAGCGUCUGGUGGGCUGCCUCUGUGAGGAAGACAACACCGCCAUCGUUUGGUUCUGGCUCCACGAAGGAAACGCCCAGCGCUGUCCAUCCUGCGGCUCGCACUAUCAACUCGUCCAUCACGAGCUGCCACACUGAGACACACACUCAACACACACACACACACACACACACACACACACUGAAACUACAACACACUCUGAUUUAAACACUGACUCUCCUAUGGUCUACUGUCAGUCACUGAACGUGUUCUUCAUUAAAGGAUUUACCUGAUUUCA